AUGGCCGACUUCUCCCUCGGCUCUGGCCCAGUUCCAGUCCCUGCUGCGUCUGUUAGACAUGAUUUAUGGUGGCGCCGGACUGUUCCCGCCACGGUGCCUCUCGCCUCCAUACAUCUUGAGCGCUGUUCGCCGCUCGGUGCCACAUGUGCACCUGUAACCAAAGGCCACGGUGCACAGCGGCCUCAUUACUGCGCUCACGGGGGCACCCAGCUGCUCCGCUGUCCUCACCCGACCCGCAGCCAGGACCGCCCCUGCCCCACGCUCCAGCACCUCGCUCCAGCACCUCGCUCCAGCACCGCGCUCCUGGGUGGUGAGUCAUGCACUGAGGUGGUUUCAGGUCAGACCGAGCCCAAGCUGAAGCAGGUCAGUGCCACAUAA